AUGAAUGUACUUUGUAACGCUUUUGACCUUUGCUUUCUUGACGGUUUGUACACUUGUCGAUUCCGCAGUGGACACACAAACCUUUCCAAUACCACUACACAAUGUGAACAUUUUGAAAUCAGAGCUAACAAGGACUGCCCCAAUGGAUUCUUCUCAAGAUCUCGGGGGAUAUGCAAGAACAUGACAGUUCUAUCGAACCUCGCAAUAGAUAAACCUGCCACACAGUCAACAACGUAUAGAGACUAUAACGCCACGAAUGCAGUGGAUGGCAACAGAGGAACAAACGUUGGUGUAGACAAGUGUGCAUACACAGAUCAUGGCGACAGUAAUCCGUGGUGGAGGGUGGAUCUGCAGGCUGUGUAUAACAUCACAUCUGUCAGAAUACUCAACAGAGGAAUAGAUCAAUACGGAGGUAGGUAUGUGUCACACUGGCUGCAUGAUGUUACCGUCACUGUAGGGCUGACAGAAUCUGAUGUCAACACUCCCUGUGGUUACUUUGAUGGUCCCGGUACCGCGUCACAACUGGUCGUCAUCGACUGUCUGACGUCACCACAGGGGAGAUUCGUCAAGAUCUCCAAGACAACUGAUUUUCUCACUCUUUGUGAGGUUGACGUGUUUGGCGUCCCCGUCUAA